GUUUCCCAACAAUCCCAUUGCAUUUUUACAGCUUAAAUAACAGAAUUACCCACAUCAAGUCAACGCAGCUAUAGAGGUCAAUUUAUGCUCCAGCUACCUGUAAAAUAUGGAUGCCUUAUCUCUCAUCGAUACCUGUGUACCAAGCACCUUUGCAACACCACCGGCCAUAUUUGGCACUGAUAUCCUUUCUAUCGAGGCAACGCCUAUCACAAAUUUCACUCGAAACAUCCACAGUGCUUAUAGAUUUACACAGCCUUCUGUUGAAGCAGAAAACGUCGCUUUCUGCAACGUCACUGUUACAUAUACGCAUCCAGGCGCCGACGACCGAAUAAAUGUUGAGAUCUGGCUGCCUCUCGAUGGAUGGAAUGAGAGGUUUUAUGCCGCUGGCGGUGGGGGAUUUGCUGCUGGUCGGUUCUUCCUCUCAUAUGCUACCAUGGCUGGUGCUCUUGCAGAGGGCUACGCCACAAGCACGACAGAUGCAGGGCUUGGACUUGAUGCAGAUCCAGAGGAUAUGAGUUCUUGGGCUCUUCUCAGCCCCGGACAGGUCGAUGUGCAAAAGCUGCAGAAUCUGGCAUCCACGUCUCUCAACGACCAGGCUUUGAUCAGCAAAGAAGUCAUCAAAACCUUCUACGACAGGGCUCCGUUGUAUUCAUACUGGAAUGGAUGCUCCCAAGGUGGACGCCAGGGUCUGAUGCUCGCACAGCGCUACCCAACCGCGUAUGACGGCAUCGCCGCCGGGGCACCGGCUCUCGAAAUGCCUAAGCUCGCAGCUAGUAUCUUCUGGCCGCAACAAAUGAUGAAUAUGAUGGGCGAAUACCCGCAUAGUUGUGAGCUGGAUGCAAUCACGCAAGCUGCGAUAUCGACCUGCGAUAAGUUGGAUGGCGUGGUUGACGGCUUGAUAGCGGACGUUGAGAGCUGUCUGGCCACUUUCGAUCCCUUCCAGCUCGUCGGAACACCUAUUUACUGCCCGCAGACCGAUAAGGAGAUGCAAAUUAGCUCUACCGCAGCCUCUGUAGUAAACGCAACCUGGCAAGGCCCUGUAUCCGCAUCGGGGAAGCAAAUCUGGUAUGGCUUUAACCCUGGCUCUGAUCUCACUGGCGCCAUGUCUUAUCAACCCGGCAUCGCAACCACGAACUGCUCGAGCGAUGGCAAAUGCGUUAGCCAGCCUAAUGUGCUUGGCGCACAGUGGCUCCAGCUAUUUGUGGCAAAGAACCCGAAUUUUGACAUCGGAAAUCUUACGCACGAGAAAUUCGAUGCCUUGAUCAACUUUGGGCAUCAACAGUUCGAGUCAUUUAUCAGCACGUAUGAGCCCGACUUAUCAGAGUUCCGAGAUGCUGGAGGAAAGAUGCUCACUUUCCACGGUCUCGACGACAACGUCAUCCCAGCCAAGAGUACGGAGGCAUACUACAGGGCUGUCGCAUCGCUGGACCCAGACGCACAAAGCUUUUACCGAUACUUUGAAGUCCCUGGGCUUGCUCAUUGCUUUGGCGGUAGUGGCGGCCAGCCGACCGCCAUGUUUGAACAAUUGCGCAAUUGGGUGGAGAAUGGGACCGCGCCGACCAGUUCUCCUAUCAACUUUAGGGACUCGAAAGGAAAAGGCUGGAGCCGCAUCCUAUGUCCUUUUCCGCAGAAGGCUUAUUUUGAAGAGGACUGUGGGGAUGCGACAGUCUCAAGGUGUUGGUCUUGCAAAGAUCACAGUGCUUCUCGGACCAACUUCUUCGGCGACGAGUUAUAAAUGCAAUUAUUUCUUUGGUAAUCACAGCGACAGUUGGGUUGAGAAAGUAUCAGGUUUUAAUUUUAGUUUUACCUAGAAGGAAGCGUUACCAUUCAUAGCCACGAGCUUACCAGGCUAAACCAUC